UUGGUUUAGCUGGUUUCAAUGUGUUGUGUACUGUCCAGUGUGCAGUCAGUUGCAACCUCGUGCUUUGGCGGAAAAAUGUGUGUGACAUUCUCAAGACUGUAGAACUGAAGCCAUGGACCAGGAGCCAACUAUGUGGAUAAAAAAAGAGGGAACAGAUGAAGUACAAACUGAGUUAUGCUUCAUGGCCCAAGUAUCCCCAAUCAGCAUGAAUGUAAAAGAAGAGUUGGAGGAGGGUGCGAAGGAAGAGUUUCUUGAAGACCCAUUAAAGACAGAUGACGCUACUGUUUUGGUAAAGCAAGAUCCCAAACUGAAACAAAAUGCUGUUGGAUCUGAGCAUAAUUCUGUUAGAGAUCCAUUGGGAAUAUCUUGGUCCACUGAUUUUAUCAAGGAGGACCCUGAACUAAAUUUGGAAAUGAAUGUAACAGAGAAUAUUGUGGAAACCUCAACAAGAUACCCAUCUGACAGUGCAAGAUUGACUCAGAGUACUGGUGGGAGGUGUGGCAUAUGUGAAGAAACGUGUCACCAUCGACUGGUCCAGGAUGAAUUUGUGAUUGAUAUGGAGAAGUCAACACACGAGUUUGGUACGCAUACAGGAGAUGUGACUGUUGAUAAAGAAUGCUCAGUUGCUACCCAAUAUGACUGUAGUGCGAGGGAAAAGGAAUUACAUGUAUAUAGCUGUAAUUUCUGCCAACAGGGCUUUCCUUCAAAAUACAGACUCAUAAAGCAUGUGUUUAUGCACACUGAUGGCAUGCAACCACCUUUGUAUGUUUGUAAGUGGUGUUGUGAGAUAUUUGACAGUAAAUUUAGUUUGAAAAAACAUCUGAGAAUGAGUGAGAAUUAUCACGUCUUAACUGCUGGCAUCCAUGAAAAAUAUGGCUAUAGUGAUGAGCAUCAAAGCAGUAUCCUUUUGGAUAGUUUGCCAGAAGUUUCUGUUACAGAACGCAAUGUGUGGUCUUCAUACAAGGAAACUUGGAAACCUUCAAAGAAGUCCUCUAAUGACAUGUGUAACACACCUAUGGGAAAUGAUGCUGACAAAAUAAGUGACUAUGGAACUUCGUCUACAGCUGUUAAUGUCAGGGCCCAGGGUGAUCUACUUACUGCAAACAGUACAGACAAAUGUGGUAUGUGUGGCAAAUUGUCUGGUAGGUCAGGUCAUCCCAAGAGAGAGAAAUUACUUGACACUGGAAAGAAACCCCACAAAUGUGAGAUUCGUGGGGAAUCGUUUUCUCAGUCAGGUCAUCUCAAGACAGAGGAAUUAAUUCGCACUGGAAAGAAACCUCACAAGUGUAAGAUUUGUGGGAGAUGUUUUGCUAGGUCGAGCAAUCUCAAGAGACACGAAUUAAUUCACACUGGAAACAAACCUCACAAAUGUGUGAUUUGUGACAAAUCGUUUGCCCAGUCAGGGAGUCUCAAGAUUCACAACUUAAUUCACACUGGAAAGAAACCUCACAAAUGUGAGAUUUGUGGGAACUCUUUUGCUAGGGCAGUUUAUCUCGAGACUCACAUUUUAAUUCACACUGGGAAGAAACCUCACAAAUGUAAGAGUUGUGGGAGAUGUUUUGCUAGGUCCAGCAAUCUCAAGAGACACAAAUUAAUUCACACUGGAAACAAACCUCACAAAUGUGAGAUUUGUGGCAAAUCUUUUGCUAGGUCAGGCUAUCUCAAGAAACACAUUAAAUCACACUGGAAAGAAACCUGGCAAAUGUGUGAUUUGUGAGAAAUCGUUUGCCCAGUCAGGUAAUUUGAAGACUCCUUAAUUAAUUCACACUGGAAACAACCUCACAAAUGUGAGAUUUGUGGGAGAUGUUUUGCUUUGUCAAGUUAUCUCAAGAAACAUGUAUUAAUUCACACUGGGAAGAAACCUUACAAAUGUAAUAUUUGUGGGAAAUCCUUUGCUUUGUUGAAUGCUCUCAAGAGGCGCACAUUAAUUCACACUGGAAAGAAAUCCCACGAAUGCCAUAUUUGUGAGAAGUCUUUUGCUAUGGCAGGCAAUCUCAAGGCCCACGAUUAAUUCACAUUGGAGAGCAACCUCACAAAUGUGAGAUUUAUGGGAAAUCUUUUGCUGUAUCCAGCAUUCUUAAAACACAUGCAUUAAUUCACAUUAGACAGUAACCUCACAGAUGUGAGAUUAGUGGGAAAUCAUUUGCUAUGUCAGGCGAUCUCAAGACACAUGCAUUAGAACACAUUUGAAGGGGACCUCACAAAUGUUAUGUCUGUGACGAAAGUUUCACUAAAUUGGGUACUCUCAAGACACAUGCAUUAAUUCACAUCAGAAAGAAACUACAAGUAAGUGUUGGUUUACACAAAUAGGUUUUCGUGGUUUGUGCCCUCAAGGCCUAUAAAGUAAUGGAUGUAACAGGGGACAAUAAAUUGCAGUUCCUGUGAAAUAACAUUAAAAUGUGGUAGAAUUGUGGAAAAAAAAGUGCAAUGAUGUGUACUGUAGAGUGGUAUAAGAUAAUGUUACUAUAUAAAAAUCCAUAUCUACAGAUUGUGAUGUCAAGAACUUGUAUUACUAAAUACUCCAGAAACAUGAAUCAAAUCUGUUUUUGUCAUUAACACUGCUGCUCUUUCCUAUCGAUCUUUAGACAAGAAGAUUGUGAAUUGUGAUAAAUCCUUACCUUCAUCAUUAAUCAUAAGUACAAUGCAAUAUUCAGUAUAAGGCCAAGGAAAUGUGAUGACUUGCUGCUUAAUAUUCCAGACAUAGUCAUUAUGUAGUACUUGUAACUGCACUUUAGAAAUAAUGUUAUCAAAAAUUUAUCCAUGGCACUUCCAUCACAAAGGCUAGGAAACUCAACACUGGAGAAACGUGAUUAUGGCAUUAUUUAACUAAUGUACAUUUUCUCAAGAGAUCUGCUGUGUGUGUCAUUAAUAGUGUGUACAUUUAUGUUCUGUUCAUAUUAAUCCUGCAUUUGUAAACGUAACAACAAAUAUAACUAUCUACUUAAUAGCAUGUUUGUCCUCUUUUGGAAUACAUGAACAAUUCUACAUGAUAUGGACUUGACAUGUCAUUUUCAUAUUUCUGGAUGUAUGUCGCACUAGUUGUAUUGCACACAUUCAGAUCAGCUAAAUGGUGUGGUUGAGACAUAACUGUUAGUUACCAUGCUACUCAGACCACUGUGUAGUCGGUCUUUACAUGUGACAUGGACAGUUACCUGCUGAAAGCUGCCUUCACUGUGGGAGAGCACAUCAGGCAUGAAGGAAUCUAUGUAGUUGCAAUAAAGGUGACAUAGUCUGCAACUGUCAUGAUGCCUUCACUUAUUACCAGAUGUCCCAAAGGAGCCAAAGUGACUUGCCCCAUAGCAUAACGGGCCCUCGAUCUGGUGCCAUUCACCUACAUGACUGCAUAUCUGGAUGUGGCAUCUCACCUGGUGUAACAAGAAAUGUCACUCGUCCUGACAGUUGGCAGUUGACAUUACCAUUGACCUUCAUUCCAGCAUCAAUGAUCCCUUGCGCAAUGCAGUUGCAAUUGAAAAAUUUGGUGGCUUAGUAUGGAAACAUACAGAGACCAUAUGUUGUGGAGCCCUAUGUUCAAAAAUGUACACUGAAUUGUGUGUUUUAAAAUGUGUAUGGCCUCUCCAGCAUUAUUUUCUGUUAUUAGAUAUGUCUCAUAUUGCCACAUUUCCAGCUUUACAGAGCAGACAAGCCUCUGAUCUCCAAGAUUUGUAAUGAGGUAUAGAUGUGUUACAUCUUUUCAUAAGGUUAUGGAUUUAUCACCUUUCAACCACUCUCUUUGGAUGUUCACAACAGUAGCAUAGGUCCAGCCAACCAGCUUCACCACUUUUGAGGUGCUAGUUCCCAACUGCAAUACCACUGUAACCUGUCCUUUGCUAAAGUCACUUAUGUCAUUGGAUUUACAUGUUCACAACCUAUCUAAUUGGUAGAACAAUUCAUUCUUAAUCUCUGAUCUGCUAUACUUGUAAUCUGCUUACUGCAUCAUUAGUGUACAACAUGGCAUUCAUUCUCCUCACAGGCAGUGUUCAUGAUAUUUUUGCUCAUCAAUGCAUCUUCAUGUAAAUGGGUCAGAUGGGAAAAUGUGUAAUCUAACAAAAUCAUUGUGCUUGGUUACCAUUUACACCAGUGCACAAUAGCUAUAUUUUUUUGUGAAAUUUUUUGUUUCACAAAGCUCUGUACAUAAUUCAGAGAUAUUGUAGAUAAGUGUUAUGCACCAAAGCUCUUAAUUGUUUGUUAAGCGUUUAAUACUGUGUAAGGUACAUGCAAGAACAACACUUGGGAGAGCUGAGAACGUGAGUACUAAAUAUGUCUAGUGUUAUAUUCAAAGAUGUUUCCAUUCUGGAUAUUUUUCUUAAUUUGUGUAAAU